AAGAAGAUAAACCGUGUGCAAAGCACGUGAUACCACCACCAACUAACAAUUAACAAACUCCAUUCAACCCAAUUAUCUAUUCUGGUUCAUCCACACAACAGAAACUCCAUUUCUUCUCUUUGUAUAGUUAGAUGGCUCGUGUUCUUGAAACUCUUACACUUCCCCGGGCCUCUGCCGUCCCAGCGACAUCACGGAACUUUGUAAAUUUGCAGGCAUCAAGAGGUUUGAGAAUCCAGUCGUUUGGAUCGCCUAAGUUGGGACGUAAAUUAAGCGCACGUAUUGUUUGCCAGGCUCAGGAAGCUGUUCAAGUUCUUGCAGUCACUGAUGCAACAUGGCAAAAAAAUGUCCUGGAGUCUGAUGUCCCUGUACUGGUUGAGUUCUGGGCCCCAUGGUGCGGGCCUUGUCGCAUGAUCCACCCGAUCAUCGAUGAACUUGCAAAGGAGUACACAGGGAAACUCGCUUGUUACAAGGUGAAUACUGAUGAAAGCCCCACAAUUGCAAGCCAAUAUGGGAUCAGAAGCAUCCCCACUGUUAUUAUAUUCAAAGGUGGUGAGAAGAAAGAUGCAGUUAUUGGUGCAGUUCCUAAAUCUACACUCUCUACCUCCAUUGAAAAGUUCUUGUAGAGCUCUUGUGGUGUAUAUUUAUUUAUUUAUGUAUAAAUACUCUUUAGAUCGAUUUGUUCCUAUAUAUACUACUACUCUUGGAUCUUCAUCUUUGAAAUGGUAUUAAAUUUUUUUUAUGGUA